GGAAGAGGAGGAAGAAAGAAUAGCCAGUGUAGACCACUGCAGUGAAGAAAAGAUCAGAGGGUGGCAUCGGGUAUGCAGGGGGAGGUGGACCAGCAGCCGAUGCAGAUGGUGCUGCGGGUGAAGCACCCGUCGUCGCUGGGCGGCGGCGGCGGCGGCGAGGAGGAGGCCGGCGAGGCGUCGUCGAGGUCGGCGCUGUCGGUGUUCAAGGCCAAGGAGGAGCAGAUCGAGAGGAAGAAGAUGGAGGUGAGGGAGAAGGUGUUCGCGCAGCUCGGCCGCGUCGAGGAGGAAUCCAAGCGCCUCGCCUUCAUCCGACAGGAGCUGGAAGCGAUGGCAGAUCCAACCAGGAAGGAGGUGGAGGUGAUCCGGAAGAGGAUCGAUGUGGUGAACCGUCAACUCAAGCCUCUCGGCAAGACUUGCGUCAAGAAGGAGAAGGAAUACAAAGAGAUCCUGGAGUCGUACAACGAGAAGAACAAGGAGAAGGCGCUGCUUGUCAGCAGGCUAAUCGAGCUGGUGAGCGAAAGCGAGAGGAUGCGUAUGAAGAAGCUCGAGGAGCUGAAUAAGACAGUGGACUCACUCUACUAGGCACCAGAUACCUAGAGGCUUAAAAUUCCUCUCCGUAAGCUCAGUGCCAUGGAAUUGUGAAAGAAAUGUUCAUGUGACUGUUGUUGCUUGUAACUCAAGAGUGAUUCCUUCUCUCUUGUUUUUUUUUCUCUUUUUUCUCUUCUCUUUCAGUUAAUUAAUUGGUUUGCGUGUUUGUUGCGUUGUCACUGUCGAGUAAAACUGACGUAUUUAAGCAAAGAGCAUAAAUACUAUCAUGGAGUCAAGACUAGGAAAAAGAAGAAGGAUGGGCUCUCACCUAUGUUGUUCCUUUCCUUUUGUACACAGUAAUGUAAGCAACUACCCAACCACCUCCAUUGUUAUCGUAGUCGAGGUUAGAUCCCAUUGGCCACGCAUAUGAACCAGUUCCAUGAAUCCAUACAAAUGGGAGCAUUUCUGGCA